CUAAUAAGAAAUUUCAAUUUGCAACAGAUUUAACCCUUAGGAGUGAAGCAAUAUGAGGGGUUAGAAUCUGUUACUCUCAAAGCAUACUUCCGAAACUUUUUAAGUAGAUACAUCCAGAAGUUAUAUUUAGAUAUACAUUCACUCUAGCAGUGUCAGUAAGAGCUUAUGCACUGACUUCCCUUUGUAUGCUAAGGAGAACUCCUCACUGCUCUUGGUCCUUCCCUUUAGAAAACUGUAAACAGCAUCCCCACUUUUCCAGAAUUCAAGAUAACGAAAAGGUUCGGUACAGUUAAUGUCCUCCCUCCCCCCUUCUAAGAAAGAAGCUUUUUAGCAUCCUACCCACUUACUAAAACCCUUGACAGUAUUCUUGCCCUGGCAGCCAGCCACCAAAACAUCAGUCAUUAGGCAGAGCUUCAGAUAGUCUCUGCUGCUUUAUCCCUUCUACAACGUUUUGGCAGCCCCCUCACUUACCUGUAUCCCCAAACCCCCUAGUCCCAGUGUUUAAUGGCUGAUAACCCACUUUCAUCCCAUAUUGACCAUCUACUUCAUGACAAUCUCCCCCCCCAUACAGCCCCAGCUGUCAGGCUCUUCUCCUCCUCCUCUCAGUGCGAAACAGGCUCCAGCUCUCACCCUCACCCUGAUUUUUCUGAUCGGUUGUGUGGUCCUUCCGACCUCCCAGUCUGGGACUGACAGUCUUCUCUGAGUCCUCAACGACAUUUUCAGCUGUUUUUCUCUCCCGUUCUGCCUCUUAAUAACUUAAGGACUGAGCUCUCAAGUGUGCUGAAUCGAGAUCUAGUUCACAUAAGCUGAAAGAGUUUUUCUGAAUGUAUAGUCAUGCGCUGAUUGGAAGCUAUCCUGAUAUAUCAUUUAGCAAAUACAAUAUAAAAAUGAUAAAAAGGGAACCAUUUUACACAUAGAGACCAACACAUGGGGUUUAUGUUGUUGCAUAAAUUACGUUAUCACGUACAGAAAAAAACCACGGUUAUUUAUGCACAGGAGAAAGCGAACAUGAGGAAUAGCUGAGCAUUUUCUGACUGUUAACUCCUCAACUGCAUCAAUUGCAAUGUGGUGCAGAUGACGUUUUUUUGCUGAGGGUUACUAACGUGUAGGGAAGAGCUGCACCCAGCCUGUCUGCAAGCACUCGAACGGAUCUGAGGGUGUAACCGUACUCUGGAGCUCAAGAGGAUUUAUCCCUGAGGCAGAAAAACAAUUACCUGAACGAAGACAGAUAUAGAUCAUUGAGUACUGAGAUACUUACUGCCUAAAUGAGACAUAUAUCCUUAUGGAAGUAGCGACGCUAAGGAGGGGGAGACGGGGGAAAUGACCUGGGUGCAAAGCCCUGCCGGAGGAGGAGAGGAGGAUAGCAGUCAAUCCUGUGGGGUAAUCAAGGGUGCAGUGCCCGGCAGGAGGGAUUAGGCUGAGUUUCCCAGUUACAGUCCUCCAUCUCAGGGUUUCAUUCCCAGAGAAGAAAUGCACCAUAUGCACCAGAUCUGGAAGCAGCUCAGGAGAGCCCCCCUCUCCCACCCCCUUUUCUCCCUCAAAGCCCGUGCCAGCCACACAUAGGCAGAGAGGUGCAGGGGAUGGGGGGCAACGCUAUGCCCCGGGUCUGAGGGAGGAGAGGCUUCUGCCUUCCUACCCCCGUUACCGUGGCAACCGCCCGGGCUCCCCCAGCCCCGCGCCGCCGCCGCUGCCGCCGGAGCUGCUCGGCAGCCGCCUGCCGCCGCCGGCCAUGGAGCUGCUGGCCGCGGCACUCAGCGCCGCCUGCGCCCUCGACCAGGACGGGUCGGCGGGACCGCCCGGCAGGGAGCCCCCCGCGGCCGCUGAGGAGAGCCCCGCCGCCGCCACCGCCGAGGCGCCGCCGCACGCCCACCCCAUGACGGCCGAUUCCUGGAGGAACCUCAUCGAGCACAUCGGACUCUUGUAUCAGGAAUAUCGAGAUAAAUCCACACGCCAGGAGAUUGAAACUAGACGACUGCAGGAUUCACAGACAGACCCUGAAGAGAGUUCACCCAGCGAGGAAACCCCAUCUGAAGCAGAACCUACAAGUACAACUGAAAGCAAAGCUCCACCACAAAUCAGUUUGCUAAGGAACUCCAACUCCAGGUUCAACUUAUGGCAGGAUCUUCCUGAGAUCCGGAGCAGCGGGGUCCUCAGCAUCCUCCAGCCAGAUGAGAUCAAGCUGCAGGAGGCCAUGUUUGAGCUGGUUACUUCUGAAGCCUCGUAUUACAAGAGUCUGAAUCUGCUGGUGUCUCACUUCAUGGAGAACGAACGUCUGAAAAAGAUCUUACACCAGUCUGAGGCACACAUCCUCUUCUCCAAUGUCCUGGAUGUCAUGGCUGUUAGUGAGCGCUUCCUGUUGGACCUCGAGCAGCGGGUGGAGGAGAAUAUUGUGAUCUCAGAUGUGUGCGAUAUUGUCUAUCAGCAUACAGUUAAUCACUUCUCUGUGUACAUCACCUACGUCUCCAACCAGACCUACCAGGAGAGAGCUUACAAGCAGCUUCUCCAGGACAAGCCAGCUUUCCGGGAAGUGAUCUCACAGCUGGAGCUGGAUCCCAAGUGCAAAGGCCUGUCCUUUUCUUCCUUCCUGAUUCUGCCAUUUCAAAGGAUCACUCGGCUCAAGCUGCUGGUGCAGAAUAUUUUGAAGAAAGUGGAAGAGAAGUCUGACAGGGAAACCACUGCCCUGGAUGCACAUAAAGAACUGGAAACGGUGGUAAAAGCAUGUAAUGAAGGCGUCAGGAAGAUGAGCCGAACAGAGCAGAUGAUCAGCAUCCAGAAGAAACUGGAAUUCAAGAUCAAGUCUGUGCCCAUCAUCUCUCACUCCCGCUGGCUGCUGAAGCAGGGGGAAUUGCAGCAAAUGAAUGGUCCAAAGACAUCACGAACGCUUCGCACCAAGAAACUCUUCAGAGAAAUCUACUUGUUCCUUUUCAAUGAUCUGCUGGUAAUUUGCCGGCAAAUUCCUGGGGACAAGUACCAAGUGUUUGACUCGGCUCCCCGGGGACUUCUUCGGGUAGAGGAGUUAGAAGACCAGGGGCAGAGUUUGGCCAACGUUUUCAUCCUGAGGCUGCUGGAGAAUGCAGAUGACCGGGAGGCCAGCUACAUGCUGAAGGCAUCAUCCCAGAGCGAAAUGAAGCGCUGGAUGAUUUCACUGGCCCCGAACCGGAGAACCAAGUUUGUUUCAUUUACAUCCAGACUUGUUGACUGCCCACAGAUCCAGUGUGUCCACCCAUAUGUGGCCCAGCAGCCAGAUGAGCUGUCCUUAGAACUGGCUGACAUCCUCAACAUCCUGGACAAGACAGAUGACGGCUGGAUCUUUGGGGAGCGUCUUCAUGACCAGGAGAGGGGCUGGUUCCCCAGUUCUAUGGGGGAGGAGAUCCUGAACCCCAAAAUCCGAGCCCAGAACUUGAAGGAGUGUUUCCGGGUGCAUAAGUCGGAUGACAGUCAGCGGAGGAAACUGGGCAGCAGAAACCGCCAAUGACCGUUGGCAUCCCCAAGCAUCUGGAGUGCCUCUGGGAGAGGGGCAGAGGACAGAGCCUGCCGGCUGGGAAGAUGUGGCGGUGGUGCUGUGGGCCACAGUGCAGAACCUGGUGUGGCGGACAAGGCACAUGCACCCCUGAACAGACUGUAGGUCCUGGGCUCCCCACCACACUUCCCACGGAACUGAUCCUUUCCUGGAGAUCAGUGCUUUGAACUGGCUAAAAUAACCCAUUUCCAGGUGUUCUGUAAAGCCCCAAAGAGCACAAGCCAAACAGACACAGUCUGAAGGCCACUGGGUGCUGGCCAGCUGACCCCCGUUCCCUGCACACAUGCUAGCUGGGGCUGGCUCAGGCCACUUGGGAAAGGCACGUGUCCACAAAUGUAACUAAGCAAUUAACAUUACCCAGUUUGAGCACUUACAGCUCAUCACUACAUUUUGAGUUUGGGGCCCUCCUAAAGUGGCGUCUUACAGGGGUAGAAACUGGAGCAGAGGAGCUGUCUCACCACCUCUCACACAGCCCAUCGGCACCAAGCUGGGAUGAGCCCCAGCAACUCCACCUCCCCGGUCCUGCUGUGAAGCCGCUGGGCCCAUUCCCAAGGGCAGACCCUCCACCUGCUUCCUAAUGCUCCAAAAUGCUCCGUACCCAGCCCUGCUCCACCAGCAGCCCAACCUCACCAGCCCUGACCCACGUCUCUGCCUGCCUGAUGGCCUCUCGAAGCAUGUCUGGGCCCUGCUCCACAGCUCACCCCCUCUUCUGCAACCAGCAUCCCUCCACAGAGCCACCGCAGAAGCCUGGCACCGCAGCCUUUCCUGGUUGAUCUGGCACUCGCAGUCUCCGCUCCUCACUGCUGCCGACGCACGGAGCAGGGUGGCUGUCCCAGCGCCUUCCCGCACACUACCACGUACCACGGGAGCACCAGCAGACCCGGGCUGCCACGCAGCAGGCAAGUGACGUUACCCCAGGAGCUGUUGUCCCAUGUGCUGUGCGAGGCCCAGCGAUCGCUGCCUGCAUGCUUGUAACCCACACUACCCAGCUGCACGCACAACUUGCACACAGAAACUCCCUGUACAGGCUCACCUCCCUGUAUAUACGCAAAUCCUCUGUCGCCAGCAGAGCUGGAUCAUCACUCUUUCCAGCUGUGGCACUGAGCAUCGCAUGAAGCCCAGGGCACAGCACUGAGACCAGUCAGGGGACAGACCCACAGCAGCCACCUGUUCCAACAGCCUCGCUCUGUACAGUCCUACACAUGGCCACAGCCCAGGGCCUCUUAGCUACAGGCUGGUCCCGAGCUGCAGCCAGCAUCCAUCAGGAAAUCAAUUAUUUGGCAUCUUUCUGUAACACUGGAAAGGAGAGUCUUCCAGGUGCUGUGGCCUGCAUUGCUGUAUGCUCCGGCAGUGCCAUGGUUGUGCUCGAAAAGGGGAUUGAGAACAGCUGCCUGCCGACAGAGCCACCUGCCAGCCACGCACACAGAACAGAGGAGCACGGCCGUGCCAGUGGCAGCAUGGGCAGGAAGCGGGACACUGGGGAGCCGCUGGAGGGGGGCUCUGGAGCACUGUGCUGGAGCUGGUCUUUGGACCACAUGGGGUGUGUGGCAUGAGGCCGGACCCAGCUGCAGGAGGGCCAGGACUGCCCUGGGGGCUGUUCAUACUGUCACCACAGGCCUGAGACAGCUGGCCCAGCGUCAGCCCUGCACUGGGAGGGGGGCUGCAGCCAGCCCCCAGGACCAAACUGGUGGGAGGCACAGCAAGUGAAGGGAGAGCGAAGGGGUUCCCUGCUCAGGCCUAGCUCAGUGCCACCAUGUUAGCGUGUGACAACAGCCAGCAAGGCUGUGCCUGUCCCGGCCACCUGUAGCACCCCUGAGAGAGGGUCCCUGGGCUGCUCACACCAGCUGGAGGCUCCCAACCACCUGCCAGUGCCCAGCCCAGAGCUGGGGCCAGGAAGGGACCGCAGCCUCCAGUCUGGCACUUGGAGCUCAUUUAAUGGGGAGACCUCCAAGUGAGAUCCCCCUAACAGCACCCCACCAUCAGCUUUCCAAGUAUAACCAAACCUCCAGCUCAGGGUCCAGACCUUGCAGCAGCCAGAAAUUCUCUAUAGCAAAACCCAGAGAAGCUCCAGCUCUAGAAUUCCUUAAAAUUACCCAAGAAAUCACCACAUCCUAGAUCCUUUAGCGUCACAGCGCAGUGGCCAGCCCAGCCCACCCACUACAGCCCCACAGCCCUGCCUCGGAUGUUUCUCAUUGCACAGGAAUGCUCCUUUACCCAUCAGAAACAGCUCUUUGGCUAGUGGAGGGGCUGACCCAGGGUCCCCAGUGCGAGGAUGCCAGUUCCUCACUGCGUUUUUCUAGGGGAGAGGGGCCCAGGGCUGCCAUGCACUGUCCCACAACCAACCGCCAAGCCCUGGGACUCACCCCAGACCCUCUUGCUCUGUUGUGACUUUUUAGGACCCCAGACCCUAGGCACAGGCUGUGCCAUUUUCAGGCACCAAGUGACAUCCAUUGUUAUUUCCUCAGACCCAGCCCUGCACGCCUCCAUUUCAGUGGUCUCAAGUGUUGUACAGGGCCAGGCCUGGGGCCCACAAGCAUGGGCUGGAGCCCCGCCCCGGCCGCCACCGGGCUGCCUCAGCAAACUGAGGGGAACUUCUCAUUGUCUCGUUUUUCCAUGUAAUGAAAUAUAGCUGAGUGAGCCAGUGCCAAAGCAA